UCACAUUCCUCUGGCUUAUUCAGUGGUGGCUUGCGAACAUCUUUCGCACAUCCCUUGCAGUCAGCCCGACCUAACCUUCACAUUGGCUGAAGCCUGCAACCAUGGCGUAUCCAUUCGAGCAUUGGGAGCAUGAUCGCUGGGGCGCUUCGUCUCCUCCACCAAGAGCUCGCUACUAUCGAAAUACUUAUCGACAUAGCGGCCAUCUCACACCCGAACCACAGUUUUCGAAUCUUCAUCAAGAGCAAGAGCGAGAACGAAAAGCCCAUGAUGAUUUCCUGCGGAGACAGCGGGAAAAGGAAGAGGAAGAGGAAAGAGCAUAUAGAGAAGCUUUGCGCAAGCAAAAAGAAAAAGAAGAUGCCAAAGAGAGGGAAUAUCAAGCUUUUUUGCGAGAGCAAAAGGAAAAACAAGAAGCAGAGGAGAAGGCAGCGAAAGAGGAACAAGCCCGCAUCGAUUCUGCCAUGCGAACACGUCUCGAAAAACUGGGCUGGUCAAAUCACGAUAUUGAAGUUGCUCUGGAUCCCGAGAAGGCGGAAAAGGAAAGAAAGAAGAACAAGAAAAAGCACCGACAUUCUGGUGAGAUGGGAGGUGGACACUUUGAUGGUGAGAUCAUCAUGGUACCUCCCAGUCUACCAGACGCCCCUGGUGUUUCCGUCGGCUUCCCUCAACAAGCACACGUCCCCGUAUACCCACGCAUCAACCGCAAGUUCCUGGACAUAGAGACAUUAGAACAUUACCACGUUCCUUGGGAAUGGGAUCGUGCAAACUCAGACUUCAUCAUCCUGUUACGUGAGCUCGAUAAAUACGAAACAGAUGUCCUAUUCGAACACACGCGUCGCCGUCGUCAAGAUCACGACGCUUCGCUCUGGCGCAUGACAUGAUGGCUCAUGAGGCAUUAAAUGCUGUACUCUGAAUCUCACCUUGACUCUGAUCAUCAACACCGAAUAUAACGAGACAAGUCGAG